AUGGCCUGCGUCGCAGCAGCCGCACCUUCUUCGGGCUGGUCUGGCGGCGGCUAUGGAAACGGCGGCGGCAGCGGAAACUGCAUUUCGCAAGCCCAGGCAACACAGAUCGUCCACGACUACGCCUUCUUCCUCGCGCAUGCCGACCCCAGCCAGGUUGCACAAGCCAAUGCGACAGCCCAGAAGAUCCUCGCUUCCGACUUCACCGAGCAGUCCGACUCGAUCAAUGGUUUCCUUGGCCUCAAGCCGGGUGACCUUACCUUCCCCACCAAGGAGGAAUACAUCAGUGUGGUUCUGAGCCAGCCCGCCAUCACCGGCAUCACCGACCUCCAGCUCGUCCCCUUCAACUGCAACCAGAUCCUGUGGUACUGGAAGUUCGCCAACCCAGGCAACUUCAACGCCCCGCAGCCGCCCCAGGCUGUGCAGGGAAUGAACAUUUUUGACAUCAACGACAAGGGUCUUAUUGAGCACGUCAACGUCGAAUUCAGCGUCUUCUACUACGUCGACCUUGGCUUCAACGUCUCGGGCUUUAGCGGCCCGAUCGCGGGUGUCAACCCAUGA